CAGUCGCACCUCUUCCCUUGUCGCGUCUUCAACCUGACAUCAUUUCCAUCUCUCCACCAACAUUCCAACACCGACAAAUUGUCAAAAUAGCUGUUUCUUCGAACGCAUUUCCCCUGCAUUGCACCGCCAUCGCAGCGAGCUUCCGACAUCAUGGCCCGCCGUUCAGCGCGCCUGGCGAGCGCCCAAAGGGCGAUGAAGCCGUCCCAUGAGGAACCAGUCCUAGCUGCCGUCGCCGAGCGAGAUGACACUCCCGCCGAGAGUGCCGCGGUUCAAAACAUUGAUGCUGUCGUUGCGUCCCCAGCCCCAGGUCCCGGCCCAACUCCUACCAAGCUGCCCGCGACACCAGCUGGCAAGGUUUCUCGCAUUAAACCUCCUGCCACAGAAAUGCAUCCUGCCAAAUACCAUCCGACCAUGGCGCCACCUUCGUCCGGUCUGCGUCUAGGCUUCACCGACAUUGUCAAGCCCACUUCUUCUCGCAGCGAUGCACUUCCCGGCGCCAUUCAAUCUACACCCACCAAGAUUGCAGUCCCAUCUUCCUCUUUUACAUUCAGACAAUCCGGUCACUUAGAUAAGAAACUCGGGCCUGAGGCUCAGCGCAUGAUGGACCAAAUCCGCGAUCAGGCCGCCAAAAUCAAAGUCGAGUUGGUCGCCCAGCGCGAGGCAGAGAAGGCCGAAGAAGAGCAGAUUAAUAAUCGCAAAAUUGCUACUGCCAAAGGCAAGGCCGGCCGUUUCAGCUCAGCCCAUAUGAACGAGUUCAAGAAAAUGGACUCGAUCGCGAACCAUCCCUCAGCCUUCAGAGCCCAGUCGAGCCGCAUUACACCACUCAAACAAGGCGUCAAGCGCAGCCAAUCCAAGGCCAAUCUCGACGAACCCGAGCAUGCUCGUUCUAAGCAGUCCACUCCAGUCUCGACGAUUCCCAAGGCCAAUCAGCGUGUUGACGAGGUCGAGUCUCCUAUCAAGCGUGCUCGUCAGCAUAUCGAGGACGAUGCCACGACGAAGCGUCCAAUUUCACGAGAUGCGAGCGCAAUUCCGAUGCCCAAGUCGUCUUCUAACAUGGCCCUACCUCGGUCCAAAUCUAAUCUUGCAUCGUUGAUGACCCCAACCAAAUCUUCGCUUGCUCGAUCGAGCAGCACCAUUGCCAAGACCCCUGUACGUGGCUCGCUUCUUCGUUCACCCUCCAAGCCUGCGCUGGGCGGUCUUAUCAAGUCUGCCACGACGAGCAACAUUGCGGCCGUUACUGCCGUUGAGAAGGAGACGACGAAGACGGUUGAGGUCAAAAGCUCAAAGGCGGUGCUUUUUACCACUGAUGAUCUCAAGAGCCCCAAGGCAGGUGUUUCGACAGCCGAGCCCAAGAGUCCCGAGGUGGCCGUCGAGGUCAAGACCCCCAAGAGCCGCUUCGAGCAGGUCAAGUCUCUUUUCCGCCGCUCCCAGGCCAGUGCUGCGAAGCCUAAAAGCACUAUUCCGAUGCCCUCUACUCUUGGUUCCAAGACACCAGCCCCUCCUCGUCUGGAAAAGGAGCUUCCUCCAGUCCCCAUGACCACCCCUGCCCGCAAGCUCACUAAGCGUGUGGCUUUCACCCCCGACACUCAACAUGCUGCGAUGGCUCAGAACUCUCCAUCGCCGGUCAAGUCUGGCGUCCCCGUUCCCGCUGUCAGGCAGCCACUUGGAGAGGUCCACUACCCAUCGUUGGACGGCGUCCUGGCUGAGCAGAGCGCCGAGGAUGUGUCUUACCCCGACCUCUCCACCGUCCGCCCCCUCCCAGAUGCGCCCACCGAAACCAAGGCCCCCUCCGCCGAGCCAUCCGUCCCAGGCACAUUCUCCUUCCGCGGCGACCACACCAUCAGCUUCGGCGGUCCAUCCUCUUCAUUCGGCUUCUCCCCCGGGCAAGCUAGCAUCCGCCCCGUCCGCCCAUCUAUUCUGCCCACGGAGAACAUGCCCGGCAGCUUCCCCCGCACUUCAUCGUCGACGACGGUUUCAGACAAGGAGAAUGAAGCCCCGCGCACGGUGUUUGCCGCUCUGCCUCAUGGCAUGACGAACAAGAAGCGACAUCGGGUUACGUCGGAUGAGGAGGAGGAAGAAGCGGAGCGAGAGGCGGCGGAUAGGGCGGCCAAGAAGAGGAAGCAAGUUCCCGAGGGGGAUGCGUUGCUUGCUCCGAGGCUGGUUGCCGCGAGCGCGAAGAAGACGGGGAUGCAAAAUGCUAGUCCUAGGAAGAUGGCGGCUUUGCCUGGUCGCGCGCCCGGGACGCCGAGCCCGAUGAAGAAGAAGACUACGGGGGGUGGGAUUAGUCUUAGUCGGUUGCAGGCUUUGUCGAGGCCAAAGGUGAGGAAGUAAAGACACUCCCACUUGGACUUGUCUUGCCAUGCCAAUCACUUGGCGUUUGCUGCCGGUGAUGAAGCAUAUUGUUGGGAUAGGGCAGUCGGUGGCUUUUCGAUACGGGGGAGCUUUGGGCGUUGUGGGUGACACCACAUUCUUAGUUAGCCUUGACGAAGAAAAGCUUC